AUGGCAGGGCCUCACAGGCGCGACCCAAUGAGGGAGCUGCUGUCCCCGGGCCCCUCCUUGGAGACGGAGGACGACGAGGACGAGGACUUUGUGGUGAAUGAGGAGGUGGAUGGUGAGGCAGACGACGAGGAGGACGACGAGUCCAGCAGCAGCGAGGAUGAGGAUGAGGAUGAGGGCGAUGAAGAUGAGGGGGAGGAGGCUACCGAGGGGGCGCAGCAGGGCAGCGGCGGCGCCGCUGCGGCCGGGACCGCCGACCACAGCAUCACAGCGGCACGCAGCGGCGUGCAGCGCAGCGCCGCGGGCGGCGCGUCGCCCAGCGACAACGAUAUGCGCCGGCGCCUGCAGGAGCUGGGUGCGGCUCUGGGCGGCGAUGAUGAUGUUGUGUUUGAGGAGGAGAUCCUGUCAGACUCCGACAUCUCCCAGCACUUUCCGGAGGAGGAGCUGGACGAGGAGGAGGCGGCGGCGCUGCAGCAGCUGGCCCGCGGCGGCAGCCUGCUGCUGGGAGACAGUGACACCUCAGAUGAGGAGUAUGGCAGUGAGGAGGAGGGAGGAGGGGGCGACGAGGACGGCAGUGCUGGCCAGCAGCAGCAGCUGGAAGCAGCAGACACUCGGCAGCGCUCAGCAGCCGACGCUGCUGCCAUGCCGCCGCCGCCGCCUCGCCCUCCCGCAGCUGCCGCCGAUCUCAUGACCUCAGCAGCAGCGGUGGCAGCGCAAGCGGGCACAUCCGCUACUGCUGGCAGUGCUGCCGGCGCACCGCUUGAGUCGCCUGCCUCCUUGCAGCAGCAGCAGCAGCAGCAGAUGCCUGCACCAGGCACAGCAGCGGCGGCAUCGUGGGGGCUCCCCGGCACGGAGCCAGGGGGCUUCAGCGCCGAGGACCCCUUUGGGUUUGCUGCUGCCGAGGCGGAGAUGAGCGCCUUUGGAACCCAGCUGGGAACAUUAGAGCAUCCCAUCGCACUCAGAACCAGGGCGCACCACUCCCUGGCCGAAGUCAGCUUGGAGGAGUUAGAGAAGAUGCUGCAGGUGGACGAUGAGCUGGAGGGGCUGGGGCUGGAUGACGAAGUAGAGUACCAGCGAUUCCUAGAGUCGCUGCGUUUGGGCGAGGACGGGCUGGAGGGUGGCGACGCACUGGCCCCUUUCCUUGGAGACGAUGCCGAGGACAGCGAUGACGGCGACUUCUACCAAGAGCUGAGGGCCAUGCUGGGCAUGCCGGAUGGGGAGGACGGCGGCAUGGGACUGGGAGAGGCGGGUGCUGGUGGCCGGCGCAGGAAGGGCAAGGAGCGUCAAGCACGGCAGCGCCAGCCGCGGGGCCCCAGGCCGCCGCGCUGGACUCGGGGCGCCGCCGAGCGCACGAUUGAGAGCGUGGCGGCGCUGCGCGAGCACCGCCUGCGCCCGCUGGCACCCAAACCUUUCAUCACCGACCUCGCCCGCCUGUCCGUGCUGGCUGCCGCCGCCGCCGGACAGGAGGACCCACGUCCUCCGGUGACUGUGGACACCAUUCUGGGCCCGGUGAUAGUGCCUGCGUCAGUGGUGUCGGGGCCGCCCAUGGCACCGCUGCCCCCCACCGUCACCCGCGCGCCCGUGGUGUGGCAGCAGCCCCUCCCCGCAGCCCUGCGCAAGUUCCUGCCGCCAGAGGCGGCCGGGGCGCGGAAGGAGCCGCUGCCGGUGGGCGCGCCGCCGGCCGAGGGCGCCGAGGUGCAGGCGGCGGCGUUCCAGCCCAAGCACUACCGCCAGCUGUACCGCCUGGUGCACCAGCACGCCCAGCUGCUCAUGCAGGUGUACCUGAUGGCGGCAUGCAGCCAGGAUCCAGCUCACCACCGCGUGGCGCAGCAGACACAGCGCAUGGCCGACCAGCUGCGCCAGUUCAUGCAGGGCCAGGCAUCCAGCCGGCAGGCGGAGGGCAUCGCCCCUUACAACCCCGACGCGCUGGGCGUCAGCGAGCGACUGCCGCCGCUGCCUGAGCCGGCCGAGGACGGCGGGCGGCGGCGCCAGUCGCGCACGCAGCGUGACCAGCAGGCCCGGGAGCGCCUCAACUCGGCACAGGCGGCGUGGCGGCCCUGGAGCAACAGCGCCGUGUACACGGUCGCUGACGUGGCGCCGCUGAGGUGGAUGCAGCACGUCAUGGACGGGGUGCCGCUGCAGCCUGCACCACACGCGCGGUUGGGCGCCGGGGACGCGGUGCCACAGGGGCAGCAGGAGCCGUGUGCAGGAGUGGCGGGAGUGGCGGGGGCAGCGGAGCUUCCUGCCAGCCAGCAGCAGGGGCGCGGGCAGGAGCAGCAGCCUCCCAAUGGGCAGCAGCAGCAGCUGGCGGAGGCCUCGGGCUCGGGCUCGGAGUUCGGACAGCAGCAGGAGCAGGCGCCGCCGGGCCAGGCGGAAGGCGAGGAUGAGAUCAGCAGCGAUGAAGACAUGCAGCUGCUGCUCAGGAAGAGGAAGCGGAACAAGAAGAAGCAGUACGUCCCCCUCAUGCACAACCCGCUGUGGAACAGGCUGCCGGCCAGCGCCGCCGCUGUGGUGGCCGACGUGCAGCCCCUGCUGGAGCCUCUGAUUGUGCCACGGGCCCCCAACCAGCAGCACACUCAGCUGCUCUUCACCCCGGCAGAGGAUGAGCUUCUGUCGCUGGGCCUGCAGAGGUACGGAUAUGACUGGGCUCGCAUCCGCUCCGAGCUGCUGCCCACCAAGACCCGGGAGCAGCUGUUCAACCGCAAGAAGAACCGGUCAGGCAGCGCCGUGCCCGAAAACAGCAUCAAGGCUGCUGUGCGGGCCAUUGCCGGGGCGCUAGAGGCGGAUGAGAUUGCCCUGCUGGAAAAGGCUCUAGUGUACUAUGGAAAGCAGCCUCGGCGCUGGGAGAUCAUCUGCCGGGACCACCUGCCACAUAGGCAGCCCAACGUGCUGGCCACGCUGUGGGCACAGCACACCAACCGGGCCAGCGUGCGGGAGCCCAACCGCCCCAGCGGCGGCUCCCGCCGCAUGAAGCAAAAGCUGCUGCAGAGGGCCGGUGCCGCAGAGGCUGGGGCCGAGGGCGAGGCGGAUGGCGGGGUUGCUAGCGAGGGCUUGGAGGUGACAGGGGCGGCGGUAGCGGCGGACGGCCAGGAAGCGCCGCUGGAGGGCAGCUUGAGUACCCCGCAGGGCUCUCCCGCAACGCAGCAGCAGCAGCAGCAGCAGAGCCGCCCACAGCGCCGUUCGCGGCGUGGCCAGCAGCAGGCAGCCGUGGCGCCGCGCGAGCCCCCCACACUUCGCGGCAUGUUCCGCACUGACGCCGACCCGGAUGGUCAGCAGCAGCAGCAGCAGCAGCAGCAGCAGCAGCAGCAGCAGCAGCAGCAGCAUGUGCUGCAGCAGGUGCACGCAGCGCCGGCUGGUCAGCAGGAGCAGCCGGAGCCAGCGCUGCCGCUGUUGCUGCACCAACAGCAGGGGCAGGCCGAGGAGGAGCGUCGCGAGCUGCUGCUGCAGCAGCAGUGGGAGGCACAGAUGGAGGAAGGGGAUCAGGGCUACCAAGGGUACAUGAGCGACGGCGAGGAUCGCGGCCCGCCGCCGCUGGAGCUGCAGCAGCAGCAGCAGGAGCAGCAGCAGCAGGAGCAGUCUGAUGCGGCGGCAGCAGCGGUGACGGGAGGCGGCAGAGGGCGCCCCUCGCAGGCCGGCGGCAAGCGGCCGCGGUCCGGUGCCCUGCCUGGCGAUCUGGCCGCCGCUGGCCGCGCCUCCAAGCAGCCUCGCAAUGGGCAGCCGCUGAUGCAGAACAAUGCAGCUGGCGCACCACCUGUGUUUGAGCAUGAGGAGCUGCCAGAUUCGGAUGGGGAGGAGGAUGCAGCAGCGGUGGCAGGCGGAGCGGGCCCACUGGCUGCAGCUGCUGCUGCAGCAGGCACUGCUGCCCCCACGGCUGUGGCGCCGUCAGCUGCGGCGCCCGCCGCCACGCUCGACUUGCCGUCUGCAACGCCAUCGGCGGCGGUGGAGCAGCCGCAGCCCUCCCUGCUGCAGCGGCAGGCGACGGUUGGGGCAGCCCGGUUUGAGGUGGAAGAUCUAGCAGACUCGGAUGAGGAGGGAGCAGCAAGGGUUGCGGCACCGGCAGGAGCUGAUGCCACGGCUGCAGUGCCUGCGGGCUCGGGGCCAGGAGCCACUGAGGCGCAGCAGGAGGCAGCCGCGUCAGGGCAGCAGCAGCAGCCUGAGCAGGCCUCAGAGCCGGCCCCAGCCAGCACGCAGCAGCCAGUGGCAGCAUCUGCCAGCGUUGGGGCUUCCCCACCGGGGUUGCUUGUGCGGCGUUCCGCCAGGGCAGCCGCUAAGCGGGGGCGGCAAGAGGCAGAGGCUGAGCUGCCGACGGCAGCUCAAACCCCCGCUGCCAGCGCUGACGAGCCACAUCAGGUGGCGGCUGGCGGGCUUGCAGCGGUAGCACCUGCACCGGCCCAGCCGCCCGCACGCCCGACGCCCAAGCGCCAGCGUGUAGGCUCCCAGCAGCAGCAGCAGCAGCAGCAGCAGCAGCAGCAGCAGCCGUCUGCGGCAGCGGCAGCCCCUGCGUCCAUGUUUGAGCAGGAAGAGCUGCCAGACUCUUCCGACGAAGAGGAGCAGGCUGCACAGGGUGUGCACGCAGCACCAGCGGCGCCUGGAGCGGCUGCGCCUGGGACGGCAGCAGGUCCUGGAGGCACUUUGCCUACCGCACAGCCAGCCCCCGAGGCAGCGGCCACUGUCACUGUCACUGGAGGCGGGGUGCAGCUGUCAGCGUGGGGCCCCGGCCAGCACCGAGGCACGCAGCAAGCGCAGCCUCCAGAGAGCCUGCCAGAGCGGGAGCGGCAGCAGCUGGUGGUUCCGCAGCAGGAGGAGACGCCUCAGCCGCAGGAGCAGGCGCUGCCAGGGCAGCCCGACCCGCCGCAGGCACAGCAGGUGGCGGUGCAGCCACAACCUCCUCAUCAGCAGGAGCAGCAGCAGCAGGCCGAGGCAGGGCCUGCGCCGCCGGCAUGGAGCGUGGACGAGGAGAAGCUUCUGCUGCGCACUCUGCUCCAGGCGGGCGGGCGGCUGUCGGCACAGCAGCUGGCAGACCUGACUGAGAAGGUGGGCGGCGCUGCUGCGGGGCGCAACGUGCAUGCGGUGGCCGACCGCUGCCUGGCGCUGAUGCAGCGCUACCAGGAGAACCAGCGGCGCAAGAGGGCUGCCGCCGCAGCCGCAGCAGCAGCCACAGCUGGCGCCGCCAGUUGA